AUGGAUAUAAGGAGAUUCAAAAACCUUAACGCCGCCGCUAUCACCAACGCAGUAUUGUUACAACCUAUCAAACGUCCAUUUACCAUCUCUUCCUCCACUGCCCCGCAAAUUCCGGAUCCCGAAAACCAGAAGCCUUCGAAACUAAAGGUGGAAGAAGAGGGAGCCCCAGUAAAAGCGGGGGGAGUGCCAACACAGGCAGCAUUUGAUCAGAUAUUGCUCAACAGGAAGAAGUGGGUAUCCUCCAUUCUCUCAAGCCCACAUCUAAAUGCAUCUAAAUGGAAACAUUUACUAACCCAAUUAACUCCCCAUCAUUUUGAUACCAUUUUCUUGGAAAUUUAUCAUUUGAUCGACCCUACAAUUGCAUUGAAGUUCUUUUACUUCGCUAGCGCUUCUACUGGCUUUAAAUUUACACUCAGAUCUUACUGCCUUUUAAUUCACCUGUUAGUGAGUAAGAAUCUUGAUUCUGCAGCACGGUUGCUUUUGAUAAGAUUGAUUGACAAAAAGCUCCCUGUGAUUUUAAACCAUAAUAUUGUUGGGAGUAUGCAUAAAGAGAUUACAGUUGUAUUAGCAAAUUUGUAUUCAGGAUUGGAUAAAUUCAACUCCGGUAUUAGGACGUGUGAUAUUUUGGUUCAUGUUUAUACUAGUCAAUUCAAGAGUUUGGGAUUUGAUGUUGCAGUGGACGUGUUUCGUGUUUUAGCGAGCAGAGGGUUGUUUCCAUCCUUUAAGACUUCUAAUUUUUUGCUUAGCUCGCUCGUCAAGGCGGAUGAGCUCGAGAAGAGCUACGAAGUCUUUUAUAUUAUUUCUUCGGCCAUUUUGCCGGAUGUCUACUUGUUUAGUACUGCAAUAAAUGCAUUAUGCAAAGGAGGGAGGGUAAAUGAUGCAGUUAUGUUGUUUAAGAAAAUGGAGGAUGUGGGUAUAGCUCCAAAUGUUGUUACUUAUAAUAACCUUCUGCAUGGGUUGUGCAAAAAGGGGAAUUUAGAAGAGGCUUUUCAGCUCAAGGAGAAAAUGCUAAAUAAUGGUGUGAACCCUAGCCUUGUAACAUAUGGUGUGCUUAUUAAUGGUCUGAUGAAACUCAAGAAAUAUGACAAAGCCAAUUUUAUUCUACAAGAGAUGUUGGUCAAGGGGCAUGCUCCAAAUGAAGUUGUUUUUAACACGUUGAUUGAUGGGUAUUGCAGGAUUGGAAAUGUUACAACAGCGUUGAAGUUAAAGGAUGAUAUGUUAUCUCAGGGCAUUAGUCCCAAUUCAGUUACUUUUAAUACACUUGUUAAUGGUCUCUGCAUGGCUAAUCAAAUUGAUCUAGCAGAACAGUUCUUAGUUGAAAUGGUAUCAAAAAGCAUAUGUAUAAACCCUGGUACAUUUGGUUCUGUUAUUCAUGGUCUGUGUAAGAAUUUAAGAUUAGACUCUGCAUUGCAUUUCACUAGGUUAAUGGUAUCUAGGAAUUUGAGGCCAAAUGACAGGUUGCUAACAACAUUAAUCCAUGGGCUUUGCAAGAAUAGUAAUCAUUCGGAAGCUCUGAAGCUAUGGUAUAUGCUACUAGAUUUAGGGUUUGCAGCCAAUACAGUAACCUCAAAUGCACUUAUAUUUGGACUGUGUGAGGUAGGCAACAUACGGGAAGCUAAAAUGCUACUCAAAAAUAUGUUGAAUAGGGGUGUCGGAUUGGAUGUGGUCACAUAUAAUGCACUCAUUUAUGGAUGCUGCAAAGAGGAUAAAUUGGAGAGUGGCUUUAAUCUCAAGGAAGAUAUGGUUAAGCAAGGAAUUUCUCCUGAUAUUGUCACGUACACUUUGCUGAUACAUGGGUUGUGUAGUAAAGGUAAACUGGAUGAAGCUGUUGCACUUUGGCAUGAAAGCCAAAGAAAUGGUCUUGUUCCCAACAUUCACUCGUAUGGGGUCAUGAUAGAUGGUUUCUGCAACGCUACGAAAGUUGAGGAGGCUACAAGUUUCUUCAACAUGUUGCUCAGACAAAACAUUGAACCAAAUUCUGUUGUAUAUAAUAUACUUAUUAAGGCGUACUCUAGGAAUGGAAACAUGAUAGAGGCCCUUAAACUUCGCGAUGAAAUGAGAAGCAAAGGCAUUUCACCUUCAUGUCCCACCUAUUCUUCUCUAAUACACGGAAUGAGCAUUUCGGGGCAUGUUGAUGGGUCAAAACAUCUUCUGGAUGAAAUGAAAAAUGAGGGGUUGCAACCUGAUGUUUUCUGUUAUACUGCACUUAUAGGUGGUUUCUGUAGGCUAGGUCAGAUGGAUGAAGUAAAGUGUGUCUUGCAGGAAAUGUUGUCAUGCAAUGUACAACCAAAUAAGAUAACAUACACAGUCAUUAUUGAUGGCUAUUGCAAGUUGGGUCGUAUGAAAGAAGCUUCUGAGCUUCUGAGUGAAAUGAUUGGCAAGGGAAUUGAUCCAGAUUCAGUUACUUAUAAUACACUGACAAACGGGCAUCAGGAAAUGCUGAUCAAAAUUGAAUGGGAACUCCAACACGUGAAUUGGCAUUGUUAUGGAGACCUGCUGGGAAACAAGUUCUCCUUUCGGUGUUCAUGUCAGAGAAAAGAUCUGAAGGAUCUUUCAAUGUCUCAAAAAAGCGAAAUUCAGAGGUGUCAAGAAGAACUCUACCAGUCUAUGCUAUGGGCAUUGAGGCACAAGAAGUGGCGAGAUAAAAAGAAACUUGCUAUAUUUGGUAAUGAUUUCCCAGUAAAUUUGACAGAACGAAACUUCUUUCAAGGUUUUCUUCUAAAGGCUGUUAAUUCCUGA